UGCGAAAAUAUGUUCAGUAAGCAGCAAGCAGUCAAGCGUUCAACAUUCCUCCAGUCUUCUAAUAUUUACUUUCGUUUAUUACUUUUCGAACGGUCUAACGGUGUUAAAAUGGCUUUAUUCAUGACUUUUCUACUAAUCUCUUGUCUUGCGUUUGGAUUUACGGCGCUUGGAAUUUUAUAUCUGCGUUGGUAUUUCAACUACUGGCAAAAACGCGGUGUACCGGGUCCUCGACCGCAGCUAUUGGUCGGCAACUUUCCGAAAACCACAAUGGGGCAGUGCAACAUGCUCGAGGAGUUGCAUGAAAUCUAUCUCGAAUAUAAAACAAAACAUAAAUUUGCUGGUGUUUUUGCCGCGCGCACGCCCAAACUGCUUAUCUGUGAUCCUCAAUUGGCUUUACAAAUUCUAACGCAAAAUUUUAAGAAUUUUCAUGAUAAUGAAUCUUCUCAAUGGAGUAGCGCCAGAGUUGAACAAAUGCGUUUUUGCAGUCCUUUCGUGUCUAUUGGUGAAGAUUGGAAAGCCAGACGUUCAGAAUUGGUGCCCGCAUUGACCGUCAAUAAGAUACGCUCCUUCUACACAGCAAUGCGUGACAGCGCUCAGAAGGCCUGCGACUUCCUCACAGCUGUGGGUCAGCAGCCUUUAGAUGGCAAAGAGCUCGCCAACCGCUUCACCGCACAAUUCAUGUCCAAUUUCAUAUGGGGCAUCGAAGGCAACGCCUUCACUGUGCCACAAAAAGCAGCAGCCACUGCAACGCUCUCGCCCGUACACCGCAUGGCCAGAGAUAUGAUUUUGCAGUCGGCAGAUUGUGUACGUUACUACAGCAGCACAGCAGCUUGGCCUUGGCUGCGUCUGCUACGUCCCGUACGUUUCUUUCCCAUCACCGCAGACCGUUUCUUUCAGCAACUACUCACAGACGCGCUCAAUGUACGCGCCCAACAGACAGCGGAGGGAGGCAGCAUGCGCGGUGAUAUGAUCGAUCAUUUGCAACAGCUCAGAGAGAAAAAAGCCUUAAAUGGCGUACAAAUCGCUGGACAUACAACAACAGUUUUGAUUGAUGGCUAUGAAACGGGCGCGAUACUGAUUGCGCAUUGCUUGUUGUUGCUAGCGCGCAAUCCACGCGUUCAACAGAAGCUCAGAGAAGAGCUACUCGCCACCGACAUCGCUGACAGUCUUGAUGCACUCAAUGAGCUACCAUACUUGGAGCAGUGUCUGCAAGAAACCUUACGCAUAUUUCCGCCUUUACCGACACUAUUCAAAAUCUGCACUGAGCCCAGCACUUUAACCAAAUCGAAUGGAUCCACACUGACGUUGCAGCCCGGCGACGGCAUCUACAUCUCCACCUACUCUUUCCAUCGAGAUCCCGACUAUUUCGAAAAUCCCGAAGAGUUUUGGCCCGAACGUUUCGCGGAGGAGUUGGGCGGCGUGCGCAAAUACCGGGAUAUGGGCGUUUUCAUGCCGUUCGGUGAUGGGCCACGCAUGUGUCCAGGCAUGAAAUUAGGUUUGUCUGAGGCGAAAGUCGCCGUUUCUGAGCUGACCAGGAAUUUCGAGAUAUCUGUCGGUGCUAACACACGCAACGAUAACAAAAUUGCCAACGAUUCAUUUUUGCUAAUGAUCGAUGGUGACAUCGAACUCGAAUUUAAGCGCAUACAUUGAUAUUUGUGGACUUUCGAAAAUGGGGGUUUUGAAAGUAACCAAAAGAAAUAUAUCUAAGUAACAUAUUUUUGUGAUAUUACUCAUAUAAAAAAAUUAGCUUUUUUCGGCUCAUAA